GAGCGAAAUUGAACUAAAAAUUAGCACAGAAACCAUUUUUUUGCUAACUUCAGACAGUUCGCCUUUUGAAAUCAACUACCUAUAGCAAACUUUGAAGCUAUAAUAACUUUGGACUUAAGCAACUGCAGGACAACAUUUACAUAAGUGACACAAAAACUUCGAAACAACUCAACCAUCAGAGGCAAUUUACCUCGAAGACGAAAGUUUGAAACUUCGGCAAAAUGUCAUCAGACGGUAUCAAUUUCAACCUCAGCGUGAGCUCGAAUAUUCUAGAACAACCUCCAAUGGCGUCACCGGGCGUGCGUGAAUCAUCAACUGUGGAUAUUUUGAUCACGAGCCUCAAAGCAAUUCUCGGAACAGUGGCUGCUAUUCAAAACUUCACCAUUUUUGUGCUGCUGCUUAUGAAGAAAAAACGAGUCGUGAGCGAGCUUCUGGUAAUUUCAAAUGCUCUUCUCGAUACAAUAAUGGCAAUUAUAUUCCUCAUCAAAUCUACCAUGGUGAAACUUCUAAUCCAACUCCCUCUAAUCGGCCAGUGUAUAUUCCAAUAUUUCCUCUACACAUUCCUAACAACCGCUUCUUUUUUCCUCAUCAUUUCAAUCAGCAUCAACCGCUACGUAGCUGUGCGACACUGUCACGACUACAACACCAUUUUCUCCAAGUCAAGGGUUCGAGCCCUGCUCGCGACUAUUGUCCUUCUCUCUUUUUUGCACAGUGUGGGGGAGAUUGUGGUGUGUAAGGGCAUGUGGCCUUGGUAUGAAGACUACUGGCUCUUUUCACGCGUCUUUCUCGUCCUUUUGUGCUGUGCAGUUCUCCUUGGGGUCUACUCCGCCAUUUCCGAUCAAUUCUCACAGCCAUUUUGGGCUCCGAUGCUGAAACCUGUCCACUUCUACCGAAAACACGUCAGCUGCAACCGCAAGGAAAACUCAAAAGGGAAAACUCAAAAAGGCAACCACACUGAGCACAACAAAUGUCACCUUGCAAUGAAAACCAGCACUGAACCUUUACUGAUUUCGAGAAAAUGUGAAGAAACGCAUGACAUAAGAAUUACGCUGUGUCCGAUAACUAAUGGGGCUGAGCAUCCGACUGAAAGCUGCUAUCCGAUAGAAAUACACUAUGACGCAACAUUGACUAAUUAUGCAACGCUCAAGGAUUGCGCAAGACCAACUGAUUACGCAAUGUCGCCAGAUUACGUUAGACAGAAGGUCAAAGUUGUCGAUCAAAUUCAAGCAGCAGAGGAAGAGCACGACGGCAUCUCAAUUGGGCCCAGUCACUUCGGACUAGAUGCAGACCCUGAUAAUGACCUUGACCCUGACUAUGACAUGGACAUAGAUGUGGACGCGAUCAGUUUCGGAGGCUGCUCCCCCAGGGGGUCCAGGGUGGACGAGAGGGGAGUGAAACACGAGACUGAUUCACAGAAGAUGACCAUAACUCAAAAGGACAGCUCGGCCGACUCAGGGGACAAAAACCACCUGACAAUCUCGAUGAGACGGAGUGGUCCUUCAUUUCGACCAAUCAGAACAGAGAAAGCGAAACUAGCCAAUCAGGCGGCCAAACGACAAGCUAGGAAAAAAACCUUCCAGAACCAAAAACACAAAAUAACAUUUUCGUUGUUUCUAGUCUGUUUGUGUUUCAUAGUUAUAAUAAUUCCGCAAACUAGCAUCCAACUUAUUAACUAUUUCACUUCAAUUCCCGUCGAUCUAAUUCUGAAUAUAUACAGCAUUACUGAAGUCGUUUAUCUUAUGAAUUUUGUAAUCAACCCUAUAAUAUUUACAUACAAUAAUGGAUACCUUAUGGGAAAAUUUCAAAAUGUGCUUGCUGUAUUCAAAAUCACCCAAAAAUAAAUUAUACUAAAAAUCAGCUGCAAAAUUUUGCUACGAAAUUAGCUUAAAUCGUAAGGUUUAUUAACCCAAAUAAUUUCAAUGAAAUCGUAACGCAUUUUAGUUGUAAACUUAAAGCGUUUCAGUUGUAAACUAUUUGAGUACUUUUCGUGUGUGAUAAACUUGGUGACUUUAAAAUUUUUGUAUAAUUUUCUGAGCGGUUAUUGUAAAACUUACUGCA